GGGCUGACGAGAAACUACUGAAGUUCCUGGGGAAGCAAAGUAGAAUUUCAUAAGAACAAAAUGGAUGGAGAGAAGAAAACCUACGGUGGCUGUGAAGGCCCUGAUGCCGUGUAUGUCAAAUUGAUAUCAUCUGAUGGCUAUGAAUUUAUUGUAAAAAAACAACAUGCAUUAACAUCAGGCAAGAUAAAAGCCAUGUUGAGUGGCCCAGGUCAAUUUGCUGACAACGAAUCUGAUGAGGUCCAUUUUAGAGAGAUCCCUUCACAUGUGCUAUCAAAAGUAUAUGCAUUAUGCAUGUAUUUUAUGUACAAGGUUCGCUACACUAACAGCUCCACCAAGAUUCCCGAAUUCCCAGUUGCACCUGAAAUUGCACUAGAACUGCUGAUGGCUGAAAACUUCCUAGAUUGUUAA